UGUUAGCAAAAAUUGGGCAAGCAUCAUUUUCAACACCAGUGUUUUGCUUCUAUUUUAAGGUCAAUUCGAGCUCUUGUUACGUAGGGGUUGCGUAUGAAUCUGCACCGCACUUUUUUUUAACUAAUAGCAGGACGAUCGAUUAAGCGGAACGUCGACUGCUACAGGUGAAAAUAAAACAAUGGGCAACAGGGCGGUUUCAUAUUUAUUUUUUAGCGUUAUUCUAAUAACACAAAAUGGACACGAAACCAAAGCAGGGUAUAACCACAACGUGGCAUUCAAACCUGAAUGUGAACGCAGAGGUGAUUAUAUCCCAAGCAAGUGCGUCUACAACUGGACUAUCGACUAUCGUAUGACAGGGGUGUGGUACAACACGAGGAGGAACACGGGAAAACCGGUCUUUAGGUAUGAUAAUGACCAGUAUUACUAUGGGGAACAGUCAAACUGCACACGUCUGCCGUUGUCAGAGUCUGACCUUGACGAUGUCAUCAUGACGGACGGAGGUUACCGUAGAGUCAUCACCAUUAACGGGCAGUUUCCCGGGGAGACAAUAGUGGCUUACUACGGGACACAGUUGAUAAUCAGUGUCACUAACAAUCUAGAAGAAGAGGGUGUGUCCAUCCAUUGGCAUGGCAUCGUGCAGAGAGAUACUCCAUACAUGGACGGGGUGGCUCGCAUAUCACACUGUCCAAUCAACCCCGGGGAGACAUUCGUGUAUAGGUAA